AUGGGUGCUUGCUACCUUCCAAACAGCAAGCGAGUCUCUCGAAGCGAUACCAAAUGUUUCAAGAUUGUCAUAGGAAGUCCCCCGAACGUACAGUACAUACAGAUGGUUCAUCGCGGCAAUGACGAUUAUGGCUGGACAUUUAUGUUUAACCUUCCCAAUACCGGACAGCCCAUACCCAUGACUUGGAAGAAAGACAACAAUGUUGCUGUCGAUGGAAUGCACGCUUCAAGUCUCAGUGACAACAACUUUAAACUUCAGGAUCCUAAUGGACAACUCAUGGCUGUUUUUACGAGUCAUACUAUGAGUUUGCGACUGAGUGCAGUUGGUACUAUGCAGAUAAACAUGGAUCUGGGUCCCAUAUUCGAGUAUGCUGUCAUCAUGAGUUUGCUUUCGAUUUAUGAGUACCAAAAGCGGGAGGAGGAUGAGAGCUCGUCUCAUCUUAAUGCUGCUGCUGGGGCUGCAGCGGCUAGUAGCUGUUGA